GAACUGUGGGAACCAGUCUUCAUGGCGGCGCCGGUAAACAUCCAGGCUCCCAGUAAGACCUGGGAGCUGAGUCUGUAUGAGCUUCACAGGAGCCCUCAGGAGGCGAUCAUGGAUGGGACGGAGGUGGCGGUGUCUCCUCGCGCUCUGCACAGCGAGCUGAUGUGUCCCAUCUGUCUGGACAUGCUGAAGAACACCAUGACAACCAAAGAGUGUCUGCACCGCUUCUGCUCCGACUGCAUCGUCACGGCGCUGCGAUCAGGGAACAAAGAGUGUCCGACUUGUAGGAAGAAGCUGGUCUCCAGGCGUUCGCUGCGCCGAGACUCAAACUUCGACGCCCUGAUCUCGAAGAUCUACCCGAGUCGGGACGAGUACGAGGCUCAUCAGCGCCGCGUCCUGGAGCGACUCAACAGGCUGCACAACAAGGAGGCGUUGAGCUCUAGCAUCGAGGAGGGGCUCCGACAGCAGGCCCGCUACAGGUCCGAGAGGAACCACCGGGUGAAGAAGCCGACGCAGGAGAGCGACAACACCACCUUCAGCGGAGGUGAAGACAACGGCGACGCCCGCUCACACCUGUCUCAUGACUCGGCCCCCUCACACACCCCUCACCCGCCAGGUCAGACCCCCUCAGAGGCCGGGCCGAGCCGCAAGCGACCGCGAGCGUCCGAUGACGGCUCUGGGCCAGAGGCGGACAGCGGCAGCCCAACGCCUCCGCUGAGGCGCCACAAAGAGGGGCCGACCUCUGAGAUCGAGCUGGUGUUCAGACCACAUCCAGAGCUGGUCCAAGCUCAGGACUACAACCAGACCAG